AUGCCACCACCACCCACCCCCCACGCCUCCCCACCCUUGAACCAAACCCCUUACUUCUCCACCGUCCUCAAUAACCCUCCCACCGCCAACAACCCGUCCUCUCCGUCCCCACGUUCACGCCCACAACCACGGCCCGCACCCGACUCCUCCUCCUCCUCCUCUUCCCACUUCACCGCAGGCCAACGCAACGCCCAAGCCCGCCACAAAGAAUGGACCUGCUCAAGCGGAAGUGGCCAAACGAGCAGAAACGCAGAGAGCUACGAGCAGAGGCAAGAAAGAGAUCGUGCGGCGACUAUUCUGGAUAGUGUAGAGAUGUUGAUGUGGUUUGCUGCUGCGAGGAACGAGAGUAUACCGCAGACACGACACUAUUACCAGAAUAUUGUGCUUGGACUGAAGAAUGAGGGUCAUGUGGAGUGGCGUGAGGAAUGGGAGUUGCCCUUGCAAGAGAGAGGAGGCGGGGAAUUGGCGAGUCCGACAAGGAGUGGCCAGGGUAAGGAGAGGGAGAGGGUGAAGAAGAGGGUUAGUUCUGCGCACACGUAUACUCAAGAGGAAGCAUGGUACAUUGCAUAG